AUGUCUAGUCGUCAUGUCCCUACCAAACGCCUUCAUUCCGGCGUGAUAUUCUCAGCCCCGGACGUGUCGCAGCGUUUCCCUCCCGAUGAAAUCAGUUUAUUUCCCGAAUACCAAAAGCCCAAUAAUAUUCGAAGGAGGACUCCCGCUACCAGAGGUGUGGACGCUGUCGAUGAUAUUUCCCCUCCCAGCUGUCCUAUACCGGAACACCAAGGGUCUUUUGCCAUGUUCUCCACCUUCAUAGGCGAUUCAAGCUAUAUGACAUCUUCCAAUUCUGGACAUAGGGCGGACUUCGUGUCCCCAAAAGAGGUCAAAGCUACUGUGUGUCUCCCUAUACUCAGGGUUGCCUCAACUACCAUGAUUGAGGGAACAUUGGCCCAUACAACACUCAUACAGAGCUUCCAUAACCCUUCGCAAGCUACCAUCGAGGAGGCACGACACACAUUCCCGUUGUACGAUGGCGCCGUUGUUACAGACUUCGAAUGUACAAUUGGCGAUGAGCGCCGUCUCCGAGGAGUCGUCAAGUCAAAGGAACAAGCUCGCCAAGAGUACAAGAAAGCAGUACAGGAGCAGGUCAAGGUAGCUGCACUUCUCGAAGAGCAAACACCGGAAAUUUUUAAAACAUCUCUUGGCAACAUCCCUCCUCAAACAACAGUCGAGAUUAAAAUCGUUUAUAUUCAAGAGCUCAAGGUAGUCAUGAUGAAAGGCGAAUCGACUGAAGGAGUGGUAUUUAUUGUUCCAACAUCUAUCGCACCACGCUAUGGCAAGUCCCAGGCAGCAUCAGAAAUUGCUUGUGAUGGGCUGGAUAUCAAGAUUAAGGUUUUGAACGACGGCAAAGUCAACCCUGAUGGGUGCCAGGAAGAAUCAGGUCAUUUGGUGUACUAUGAUGGGCCGCAGGUGAUGGAAGCUCCGCCAAGUGGCAAUGGAGAGCAGCCCCUCAGGGAAUAUUAUUCCUGGGAACACCAUUCCGAGCAAGCCAAAAUGAACAAAGACUUUGUAUUUGUCAUUCAAAUGCAAAAGGGUCAUGAAAUGCAGUCUCAGGCUAUUUUGUGUCCGCCUGAUGAUGCGGGCAUGGCUGCCAUGAUGGUGAGCAUCAGGCCAAGUGAUUUAUUCCGGAAUGCUAUUAUUCCUCAGUCAUUCUCGGGAGAAAUACUAUUUCUGCUUGAUCAGUCAGGGUCGAUGCGCGGAGGAUGUGGAAGCGGAUUUAACGGGUUGAGGAAGAUCGAUGUGCUACGGGAAGCAAUGUUGUUAGUCAUCUCAGGUCUUCCCAAGACGUGUUCAUUCAACAUCAUCUCUUGGGGUUCAGAAACAAGGGCAAUAUGGGAACAGUCCAGGAAACACUCACCGGAUAACAUCAACGAAGCCAGGGAUUAUAUCUCCCAAAUCGAUUCAAACUUGGGCGGCACAGACCUUCUCCGGGCGUUCAAAUCUACAGUUCAACGCCGGCGAGACGAAAGCAACCCAACACAGAUCGUCGUUCUUACAGAUGGACAAUUGAAUGCGGAUAAACCCAUGGAAUUUGUCUGGAAGACACGCCAAGUACUACUGAACAAAAUCCGAUUCUUUGCGCUAGGUAUUGGCCGCAAUGUACCUCAUCGUCUGAUCGAGGGUAUUGCAGAAUUGGGAGGUGGUUCGGGCGAAAUUAUCGAUACUACGCAAAACUCAAGAUGGCACAGCCGGCUGAAUCGACUUCUCAAGUCUGCAUUAGAGCCGGACAGCUGGGAUUGCAAUAUUGAUAUCGGUCAUGGGUUUGAACAAAAUAGCCUGAUAGACGUUGGGUUUAACAGUGAUAUCCGGGAUACACAACAGGUUCCAUACUUCCAGGCCCCCCAUACCAUCGUCACUCUUCACCCAUUUAAGUUUACCUCAGUUUUCUUCCUGAUAAAGAUUGAGGAUCGUGACAUUCUACCCAAGGAGGUCACUAUUACCACCACAACAAAGGGAGCGAAGAAGAAGACAUAUAGGCUCCCGGUAAAAGAGGUACCGGCUGGAAAUAGAGUAAUACAUCGGCUGGCAGCCAAGGCUCUGCUGGUGGAUCUGGAGGGUGCAGUCAAGCGAGAGUCCUCCAGCUCGGCCCUCGUUGCCGAAAAUGGCCAAACUAUCGGUACGAGGUACUCUGUCACCAGCAAGUGGACAAGCUUUGUGGCUGUCGCACAGAACGAGCAAGAAGCUACUACAGAGAGUAGUAUAGUGGAACACUACAAAGCCAUGUACGACGGAGUCGAUUUCAACGAACUUCUUAUCGCUGCAAAGCUGGACAGCGAUAAUGAUUCUGUUACAGACGAUGAUUCUGAUAACGCUGUGCAUAAUGAUACGAAGUAUGGCUCUGUUUCAGGCUCCUCGAUUCCUGAGCCCCCGAAACUCCCCGUGCUUAGAACUACGAGCAGUCUUGGUUCACGAAGACCAACAAUCGUUGACGAAGGACCUUCGCCAAUACCCACGCUAUCCAGCAGCAGCAAAUUGCCGGCCAGUAUCAGCAUACUCUCAAACAGUAUUAGCACACCAUUCACCAAUAUCAUCAAGGAAAAGAGCAAGAGGUGUCUAAUGCAGUGCUUGUAG